AUGCCUUCACGCCCUGGGCUCAUUCUUACACUGCAUUCCACAAUUGGUCUAAUUCCUGGGUCUUUGGAGCACUCCCCUCUUCACCAGUUGAAGGCUUCCCAUGGCAGAUUUCUCCAUCUCAAGGAAAAGACUUUCUUCAACUCUGUGACAUAUAUAUCAGAUAUGAGUAGUAAUGUUACUCAGUUUACUAAACACAUGGACAAGAUGAUUCAGGCUAUGGAUUCUCCUGAAGCCUCAGUCACCUUACUUUGGGAAAUGUUAACUAGCUCCCCAUGGAGGAAAACUAUCUUAAUAAUAAUAAUUCCAAUUGUUCUGUUUUUACUGUUUGCUCCCUGCAUCUGUAACUGUUUAACUGGAUUUCUUUCUAACUGUCUGAAAGCUUUUAAGUUACAAAUGGUUGUCCAGGCUCCUAUGAGUGCCAGACUCCUCCAACUAUUAUUUGGGGGCCCUGGAUCAGAGACCCUCAAUAUGAGGGUUAGGACAAUAUGUUGCCUCAACAAUUUAGGGACGACACCCUUCAACAGCAGGAAGUAG